UUGUCAGCUGAAGGACAAGCUUCAUAACAACAGAUGCGAAAAUGGCGGAUGUUAAGUACAAAUUGGCUCGUUGUGUCAAAACAGGACCACCUCAGAGGAGCCCAGAAGAGUUACGAAGACUUGAAAAGGGAUUUGUGCUCGAUAACAUUGCUGUGGCCACAAUGUCGGACGAUUCAGGCCGCGCGAAUCCAAAAAUGAGCACUGCCAUUCCACCGUACAACGCGCAACUCGAUCGCCAUACAAAGCUCUAUUUCGAAAAGAAACUUGUCCAGAGAUUGUUAACAAGAACUCAACAGCCCCCUCCAGGAGACUCUAUCUCUGGAAAACAAAUGGAUAAAUUUUACAGCAAAGGCAUGAUGGGAACAUAUUUAAAGUUGAGAAACAGUGCUGGUGCAGGGAAUUCCAGACCCCAAGUCAGUGGACAUAGUCUGUUUUUGAAUAAUUUACCUCCAAUUAAUGGAUGGCAUGGGCCAUUUGGCUUUAGAAGAAACACACCAUGGUUAAGACGACAGCCAUCAGUAUUUAUAGGAAAACUUGAUAGUCGCUCUGUAGUGCCAUGAAAGAUAAACAGAAAAGGAACGUGAAAUCCUUGGUGUGUGAUCAAGAUAGAGUGAGUUUUUGUUCAACAUUUUGGUACCCUGCCUCCAGCAUGCCUUUUAUCAUUGAUAGUAUUGCAUAAGUUAUUAUAAUUUAUAUAGGAACGUAAGUGAUGAUAAUUGUGUCUGCAAGUAAGGAGAAAGAAAAAAUGUUACCUGAAAAAAUUUAGAUCAUGAAAUGAGAAUUUUGUAAUGAGUAUUGAACUGUAUUUUUCUUCCAUAGUGAAACAAUAAUAUAGUACCUUAUUGUUCUGGUAUAGUGUACGUUCCCUUUGUCCAGCGUUUUUUUUACCAUUGCCAUGAUUUGAAGUGGAAAUUUUAAGAGAGUGUUGGGMUGGAGAUAGCAUUGAGUUUAUCAUUCAAGUAUUGAGUGUCAAUUACCAGUACCUGUUCAUACAUACACAGAAGGAAUGUGUCUGUACUGAAAGUGGAGUACAUAAAUGUAAAGACAUUUUCUAGUAUUAUACUGAAAUUUAUAGUUUUAUAGUGACUCUGUAACAACCUUUAUUGAAUUUGAAUAACAAGAUCAUURAAUGCAAAUAAAGACAUUUUUUAAAAGUU